CUAGCGAAGCGCGCUAAACCGCAAACAGGGCGUUGCUGUCCGCAAAUUCUAGGAAAGUACGACACAACGACUGACAGCCAUCCAUCCAUCGACCACCCGAUCCGCACAGCACAUCAUGUCCGCCCCCGCAUCUCGCGCUCUCAGGCGCUGCGUCUGCGCCGCCCGCCCUGCGAUGGGAGCCCGUCCGGCCGUUGGAGGAGCACAGCAGAGGAUACAGCGGAGAUGGCAGUCCGAUGCCGCGGCGCCGCCUGCAAACCCCAAGAUUGCAACAAUUGUCGAUCAGAUCAGCCAAUUGACGCUGCUGGAAACAGCAGACCUCGUCUCGACACUAAAGACCCGCCUCAACAUCCCCGACAUGCCCAUGGGUGGCUUUGUUGCCGCUGGUGGCGCUGGCCCAGCUGCCGCCGCGCCCGCCGAAGAGGAAGAAGCCGCGCCCGCCGCCGCCGAGAAGACGCUCUUCAACAUUAAGCUCGAGAAGUUUGACGCCGGGUCGAAGCCCAAGGUCAUCAAGGAGAUCAAGAGCAUGCUGGGACUUUCGUUGGUGGACAGCAAGAAGUUCGUCGAGAGCGCACCCAAGAUGAUGAAGGAGGGUGUACCCAAGGAGGAAGCAGAGAAGAUCGUCGAGACACUCAAGGCGCUCGGUGCGACAGUCGUCAUGGAGUAGAAAGACCAACUGGUGUCGGGCAAGGUCAGCAUGGGGACAGAAACUGUAUCAUAGCGAGUUGCGGCGUGUACAGAUAUGUAUGGCAUAUGGCAUUGGUCAACUUUGGAUGUAU